GAUAGAAGUGAUCUCACAAAACGGCAUCACUCUGAGCUAGACGGAAAACAGUGAACAGAAGAGAGAGACAAAAGAAUUAGACAAAACAAGAAAGAUGUGACAGAUUUAAAUAGCCACACUUAGACAGCAGUGAAAUUACACAGGGCUCAAAUAAACAAGGGAUAGAAAGAGAGACGACAUUUUAAUCCUCUUGGCAUAUGAGUGGAUCCCUGAUUGUGUGUAUGUGUGUGCUGCAGAGUUUGUCGUUGGUGUUGGGACGCUUUGGACUGGAAUGUAUCUGAGCUAACCUCGGGUGGCUUUUGGGAAGACACAGCUCUCACUAUGCUGGGCAAAGAUUACAUGCUCGCCAUCAUCAUUGUCAACUAUGACGAUAACAUCUGGAAUGAUCAGAGUUUGGAGCUGGACUCAGAUUUGCCUCCAGGGUGGCGGACUAUACGUGACAGUACUGGCACCUAUUACUGGCAUGUGCCCACGGGCACCACUCAGUGGCAGCACCCCUCCUACAGCGCAGAGGAGGAACAAAACACCAUUAACAAAAUCACUGCCAGCCAGAUCAAGACUGCUGCAGAUGGCAGACGAGAAUCAAGAGGCAGACUGACUGAGAACCUGCUGCCCUGUCUGAGUGAAAGGGCUUCCUGGCAGGAAGAGUAUUUCUGUGUCAACAUGGACCCCGACUCCAAGUGUUUUGCUGUGCGCUCGCUGGGCUGGGUGGAGAUCCCGGAGGAGGAACUGACCCCUGGCAAGAGUAGUCUGGCGGUGAACAACUGCAUCCAGCAGCUCUCUCACAGUAAGCCUGAGGUGCCGGGUGCAGUGGGCGCCUGGGGAGAGGGUCAGGAUAUGAUGAUGGUACUCAAGAAGGACACUCUCAGCUUAAUGGACCCUGUGGACCGCAGUCUCAUCCAUUGCCAACCCAUAAUCAACAUUCGUGUGUGGGGGGUGGGCUGCAACAAUGGAAGAGACAGGGACUUUGCCUUUGUGGCCAGUGAUAAAGACACCUGCAUGCUCAAGUGCCACGUGUUCCGCUGCAACGCUCCAGCCAAGACCAUCGCAUCUGCCCUGCAUGAGAUGUGCUCCAAGAUCAUGGCUAAGAAAGCAGCACUGCAGCCCUCCAUGGCCCGUUCUCUCACAAUGGAGAGCAUCUCCCCAGAGGACCUGCCCAGCCAAGUGGACUUCUUGGAAGCAGUGAGGAAGAGGGUGCAGAAGUUUGAGGUGGAGUACGUGGGAAACUUGCCUGUCUCCAGGGCAAUGGGAAUGGAGGUACUGAACAGAGCAAUUGAGAGUAUUAUGCACUCCAGAGACAGAGAUGAGUGGGAGCCAAUCGUCAUCCACGUGUCUGAUACAGUUCUGUCUUUAUGGAGAGGAGAGGAUGGAGAGGAUCCAUUUUGGGAAAGUCAGGUACGUUACUUGACUUUCCUGGGUGUGGGUCAUGACACACACACUUUUGCAGUCAUAGUGGACCCUGGAACCCAGCGCUUUGAGUGUCAUGUGUUCUGGUGCGAGCCCGAUGCUGGGAUCCUCUCUGAAGCAGUUCAGGCUGCAUGCAUGGUUCAAUACCAGAAGUGUUUGGUUGCACAGACUCCUCCUGUGAGGUCCAAAGUGUGGCGGCCAGGCUCCAAAGUCAAACGAGCCAACUCCAUGGAUGGUUCCAGCUUCCUGCCCAGGCACCAAGGACACACACCGACCAAAAUGGCCUCUCCCAGCGUGACGAAGGGCAUGCUGGCCUUUUUUGAGACAUUCCGCAAUAAACAUUCUGCGGUACCCACACCCUAACAACAGCGACUGGGCUUGAUGGGGUUUGAGGAGAGGGGGGUAUCUGGGAAUGGAGGGAUGAAAUAAAUGAAAGAAUAUAAACAUGAAGUUUUAAAAAGCUGUCCAGCUUAAUUUCUUCAAUAUGACCUUAUAAUUAAUGAAGAAACCCAAUUUAACACAACUUGCCCUUAAUGAAUGUGUUUUAUUAAUUUACAAAUCUUAAGAAAGGUGUGCUGAACAGUGUUUAAAUGAGAACAUUGAGGUGCUGUGUUCUCACAUUCCAAACAUUUAAGGAAUCCCGGCCACCCGGCGUUCUUCAAUCUAAAUGCUAAUUUGAUCCAUUUCAGAAAAAAACAAUAAAGGGGAUUUCACAACUUUGCGAAUGUGUAACACCUACUAAUCCUGGAAGCUGUGUAACCGUAGAAUAAGAGGAGAAACAUAUCUCAAUAUUUUAAAAAAAAUCUAGAGCUGUUUUUAAUAACAAAUAUCUAUGUACAGGACCGUGACCUAUUUCUUAUUCAACUAAUAUGUAGAGGGUAGAAAUGUACAGUUUUAGGUCACAUUUAUGUUCAAAGAGUGAAGUACAGAUACAUUUUAGCUUCAAACAUGCUAUUUAGAAGUGUCCACAUAUUAACAGUAAACCUUUUUGAAAGAGGAUUAUGUUUGCUUUUCUAACACACCUCAAAAUGUCAAGUCUUUAUUGUAACAGUUAAACAUAGGCUGAUGUGUCGUUACUCAUUUUGAAUGAUCUGCAAACAGAGCAAUCUUCGAACACAACAAAGAGACCUCAAAUAGCAUAGAACUAUAAAAACCUAUGUGAAACCCUACUUGUGUGACUUACAUUGUUCCUAUUGUGUGCUCAGAGAUGCAGAUGAGAAGAUAUCCUUGAUCCCGUGUAAAGACAUUGUUAUAACAUUGUAGAGACAGGCUUGUUAUAAUCCCUCUGGUUUGUGAACCCCUCAGUUUAGUUCCACUGUUUCAUGGUUUUGCACAUGCUUGGAAAUACGAGGCAAGCAGAGGGCUUUAAAGCUUUAACAACUAUAGCCAAGUAUGAACUUGAAUAAUUUGAACAAUAAGAGACCAUUGUUACAGGCUAAACAUGUGAUUUACUUCCAAAGGUGGUGCAGAUAUAGGAUCCACAAUUCUGUUUCACUGCAGGGCUACAUUAGACCACUUUUAUGUGCAUAAAUUUGUUAAGGAAUGCAAAAGAGUGUAACCCAUAAGCUGUUUGAAAGCACUUGAUCUCAGUGCAUGUUGAUCUGAGAUGCCCACUUGCUGUGGUUUAGCACCCACCAAAUACCACUGAAGGAAGUAAUUUGAUGCUGUAUCUAAUAUAUGCAACUACUACUUCCUUUAAUUAAAAAACAAACAAAAAAUAAACUCAGGUCUCCUUAAUGCUAAACUAUGGGGUAAAAACAUAACAGGCAGAGAAAUUGACGACUCCUCAGCAUGUCAUAUGAUUAUAAGCAAGAAGCCUUGAAAAGAGCUUUUGACUGAUAGUCAUAGUUAAUGGCCAUGUAGCACCUUGUGUUUCUUAUUUUUCCUUUUUAUACUCUGUAAAGAAAUCUCUCUAUAUAUAUUUGCAGUAUUUCAGCACAAAACUAGGAUGUCAUGUAAAUGGUUUUGUUUUAUGCAUUGUGUUUGUUAUUAUUAUUGUUGUUAUUAUUCAGAAUGACAUGCCAACCCAAAUCCACAAUUUGGUGGAAUUUGUUGGGUCAUUAAACUGCUUGAAUCUCUGGCUCUGUUGUCAUUUGUUGUCAUUGUCCUUCUAUACACCCACUUUUUCUUCAUUAUUUCAAAACCCUCCUCACUCCACACUUGUCAAGGUGAAAAGAAUGAAAAAAAGAAUCCAACUUUCUUAUGGGUAUUCUUCCAUUCAAUUCCUUUGGAUUGAGUCCUCAUUUUCUGUCUUGAAUUGUUUUCCUCUUGUCUGGUGUUGUCACAUUUAAAUUAGUUUUUGUUCAUGUUUUGUUUUCAUGCCUUUUAUUUUGAAAUUAGUUUACUUCCUGUCCAUGUUUCUGGUCAUGUGCCCUUGUCAUGCGAUUUCCUGUUCCUCUCAAUUGUUCCUGUCAUGUGAGUAUCUGGUUUCAUGUGUCUUGUUUUCUUAUUUUCAGUUCUGUUUUAUUACUGGUUCCUGUUUAUUAGUCUUGUUAUCAUGUUCAAUAGUUUAGUCUCGUCAUUGUUUGUCUAUGUCAUGUGGUUACCCAUGUCCAUGUAUUUUAGCCCUCAUGUUUGCCAUUGUCUUUUUUCCAAGUAUUGUGUUGGUGUAACAUUGUGUUAGUCUUCAUGCAGCUGUCAAGUCAAGUCUAUGUUCUGGUUUACAUUCUGUUUUGUUUUCUUUGGAUUCACGUGUUUGGAUAACAGUAUUUUGUAAAUAAAACUUAACUUGGGUUCUCACAUCAUCGCCUAGUCUCGUCCUGUCUUCAGCCUGUCCUCCCUUGCCCCAAUGUUACAGAAUACUUGACCUCAACAUGAACCCAGCAGUUGCACAGGGAAAUAUUUGGUGGACUUUUGCAAUUUGGACAAUGAGGUAAACUUUAAUGAUGUUGCUUUGAAGGACAUUUUCUGUUUUGGACUAGAAGAGCCUAUCAAGUCUUGUUUGUCUCGAGGCCAAAUCACAUGGACUUUGGUGGAAUUGAUUGAUUAUGCCUUGCUGAUGAGUGGAUCCAACUUUACAUUUACAUUUAUGCAUUUGGCAGAUGCUUUUAUCCAAAGCGACUUACAGAGCCCUUAUUACAGGGACAAUCCCCCCAGAGCAACCUGGAGUUAAGUGCCUUGCUCAAGGACACAAUGGUGGUGGCUGUGGGGAUUGAACCAGCGACCUUCUGAUUACCAGUUAUGUGCUUUAGACCACUACACCACCACCACUCCAUAAUGUAGGAAAGGAGUAUGCCAGCACUCCUACAGGUGCCACCAUGCCAGAGUCCACCUCUACAUCCCCUGUCACUGCCAGUGUUAACAGCCACAGAAGCCAUUCUCCUGUCACUGCCUGUGUCCACGACCACAGAGAAUGUUCCCCUGUCCCUUCCUGUACUCACGCCACUAAGACUGUUCCUCUGUCACGGCCAAUCCCUGAUAUUCCAUGGCUCCGCCCUCUGCCCUCCCUCCUGAACCCUGCCCUCUGGUCACCCCCCAACCACGCUCCCUUCCUGCAGUCGCCAACAAACCCACCACCGGCUCUGUCCUGGUCUCCUGCUCCAUGCACUGUCUCGCCAGGCCAUGCCUCAAGGACCCCAUCCCCCCAGCUCCCUAUUGAACUCUGUAAUUUGCCUACCCAUGUCCAUGUUUGCCAUUUUCUUUUGUCAAGUAUUGUGUUGGUGUAACAUCGUGUCAGACUUCAUGCUGUUGUCAAGUAUAUGUUCUGGUUUAUAUUCUGUUUUUGAUUCCGUUUGGAUACCAGCUUUUUGUAAAUAA